AUGCCUCGGACUCUUCCCUGGCUUCUCGAUAAAGCUAAGGAAAAACGCGUCAAACAUGAGGAGACACCUCGAAAGCGCGUGAAGCGGGAGUCGGAUGUGGACCCGGACGUGACGCCGAAACAACCACCACUGUCACCCGAAAAGAGAGACUUUUUCAGAUCAUCACAAACUCCUCCGACCUCACCUGCGCGUCCGGGGCCCACUGAAGAAUAUAUCUUGGAAGGUUUAGAUCGAGACGACGCUUGGGUAAUGGUCGAAGACGAAUUCUAUACUAUUGCCCAAUCAUUUACGCAGCAUUUACACUAUGCAGAGUACGUUCGGAGAAAGAAAGAAGCAAAGGCUCGAGGCGAAGCAGCUAUUGGAGAGGUGGAACGACCUACAGACGGUCGGACGGCAAUUUCAAAAGGACUCCAGAUUAAAAAGCAAGCGGAAGAGCUCCAGGCUCGUCAAAAAGAUGGCAUGGCCCAACUUGGACUGGUCGAUCAGCAGGAGGAGCUUUCUGAUGACGACGACGAUACUUGGGCUGGUACUCACCUCCACGGGUUGAUGACAAGCCCCCAAAAAUCGCGAUCUCUGAUUGGAGUACAGCGUCUCAAGUCUUCCACUAGAGCCGCAGCAGGCUUUGGGCAGACGUCUCAUAUCCAUGCCAGUAGCAGUCGCACCGCAAGCACGCGGUCUAGUUCUCCAGCCAUGGCUUCUCCAUCUAGGGCAACAAAAUCACACGCCGUCGAAAUUGACUUGGAAACAGAAUCGGAGGAUGAUGAUCUCGAUGGAGACUCUUAUCCGAUUACCAUAUCGUCGAAUAGACGUAUGAACAGUCCUCCCAGCAAGAUACCCAAAAUACAAACAAAGCCACAACCACAAACUACUAGGACACAUACAACCCAUCGACAAAAUACUCCUACUGUGAGCAAACAGACACAGGCUCCUGCACAGGCGAGCACAAAGUCAAGAAAACCGGCAGUUCUGUUCAAAUCAAAAGUACAAAUGUUAUUUGAUGACCUCGAUGAGCUACCAGAGCCAUCUCAGUCUAGUUCUAUUUCUGACAGGAAAAGAGACGUCAACUCUGGAACAAACACGCCUCAAAGAGCUCCUAGCGACAACAAUUUGGAGUCGAAAUCCCGCUAUAAAGAUGUCCCAAUAUUUUUUUUCUGA